AUGACGUUUAAGGAAUUCGGGAAUUUCGCGCUGCGGCGCGAGCGCGAGCUGCUGAGGACGUUUCAGAAAUUCGAUGGGGAUCGGUCGGGGUAUCUCACGGCGAAACAGUUGAAGAGGGUGCUGAUGCGAGAGGGAUACGCGACGGACGACGACGACGUGGAGGCGAUGAUGUAUCGCAUCAAGGCGGGGGAGGGCGCGUUUAGCAAGGGUAAGGGCUUGUUCAACGCGGCGAACGAAAAAUUCGUGACGCUGGCCAAGGCGAUCGACUUUACCGAGUUUCGUGACUUUUUGAUGCUCUCGGACGCCAUGGACGCCACGGAAGCGUUGAGCGUGUGGUCGAGGUCCACCGUCGACGUCGGCGACGUGUCGUUAGCGUUUGCGAGCAAACGUAAAGCGAACGGAGGCGCUGGCGAGGUGAUAAAGCACUUACUCGUGGGUGCCAUCUCUGGAGGCGUCUCUAGAACCGUCGUCGCGCCGCUCGAGCGGGCGAAGAUUGAAUACAUGCUCGAUUCAACGACCAUCGCGCGCGACGGUGGUCUCGUAGGAACUUUGAACAGAAUCGUGCGAGAUGAAGGCGCUGGAGGUCUGUUUCGCGGGAACACGCUCAACGUGUUGCGAAUCGCCCCCACCAAAGCCGUCGAGUUCUUCGUGUACGACAAGUUCAAGGAUUACAUCAUACGAAACGGCGAUCAAACCGAGCUCGACGGUGCGCAACGCAUGCUCGGUGGUUCCGUGGCGAGCAUGUGCGGCACAGCGUUGACGCAUCCCGUGGACACGUUACGGUCGCGCGUCUCUGGCACCGGCAUGCUGUUGGGCGACUGCUGGAAACAGCUCGUCGCCAACGAAGGCUACGGUGCGCUGUGGAAAGGUUUGGGUGCGAAUAUGGUGCGCGUAGCACCCUACGGCGCGAUCAAUUUCUACGUAUACGACGCCUGCAAGGGUUUGUACCGGCGACAAUUCGGUGAAAAGGCAAAGAUGUCUGCGCUACCGACGAUGUGUUUCGGCGCGCUCGCCGGCGCCGCGGCGCAAACGGGCGUGUAUCCACUCGAAAUGAUUCAACGUCGAAUCCAAGUCGCCGGAAUGAAGAAAGGUGCAGGAUACGCCUAUAAAAACAUGUUCCAUGGGAUUUACGUCGUCGGAAAGAAUGAAGGCAUCGGUGCGCUUUACGCUGGCUUGAUUCCGAAUUACGCCAAGAUUUUACCCUCGGCGGCAAUUUCGUUUUACGUUUACGAGCUCAUGAAGCAAGUGUUCGAAAUCGACAAGUGAAUGAGCAUCUCAACGCACGCCAAAUUAGGCUGUUAUAUACUAAAAUCAUGUUGUUACUACG